GAUGGGCCUGCCCUCAGCGCACGCAUUGCCCACCCCAUCGCCGCGUGCUCUGGUAACUCGCGCACGACGCCCGGCCGCGCUCAUGGAAGUCGCCUCGCUGCAGCACCUCGGCGACAGCUUCUCCCGAAGCUGGCUCAAGCGCGGCGCGCAGGCGGCGCCGCCGCCGUUCGACGCCGACCUCGGCCAUUCCUUCGGCAGCUCCAGGUCCUUCAUCGACAUGGACCCCGCCGAGCUCUUCUCCAUGCGGUGGACCACCACGGCGCCGCCGCCGGAGACCGACUUCGAGUUCGGCUUGCCCGGGGGCGGCGGCGGGAGCAGUGACCCGCCGUCCCCGGUGCUGGUCAGCGCCAGCCAGAUCAUCCGUGACGGCCGCCUCCUCCCCAGCGAGCCCGUCUCCCGCCGCUCCGGUGCCCAACAACAUCACGGGGACCGCGUCGCCGACCUGCCCAGCGCGCCGCGGUCGUCGCCCUCGUCGCCGCUGUACCACUCGGCCCAGAGCACGCCGGCCUCGCUGAGCUCGUGCUCCAGCGGGAGGAGCGGCGUCGCCGGCGGCAAGAACGCCUCCGCCAGGCCGCCGCCGCUCUUCGCCGCCGGGAGGCGCGGCCGGCCGUCGUCGUGGAAGAUACUGGUGCAGUACCUCCGGUUCCUGAUGCCGCUGUACCGGAAGGUGAGGGCGCUGCGGCGGUUCUCGGCGCCGAGGCCCAGGGUCGCGCCGGCGAGCCCGGCGCGCGCGUCCACGUCGAGCAUGGAGUGGUGCCACGGCAAUGCCGACACGGCCGUCCGCGACGCCAUCCUAUACUGCAAGAAGUCCAGCGGACAAGAUUUAUAACACCGCAAGAACACAUCAUCGCACACAUGAACUUGAUGUGAAUCCACGAGAGGGUCUCCGAGACAUGCUGUGCUGUGUCAUCUCAGCUCAAGUUCUUUGUUUGUAUCCCCCGACAUGAUGUUGUGGCACCUGGCUAUACCCAGACAGAAUUACACAGUGUAUUUUAACCGUUGUGUGAAUGACUAUCGUGUACAGUUUAAUCAAUAGACGGUCUCGCUCGAUCCCUUUCACGUCUCCAUCCGUUGGCUCCUUCGGCUUCUAGUCUUUGAUCGGCUCUUGGUUCGUCCAUGGAGUUCAACUCUUUCUUUUCUUGCCUCGUACUGGUGGGGCCAUUCCGGCCAUUGAUUUGGAGAAGGAACAACACAGAUUACGGCGACUGAAAGCAUCUCAUUUGCUGGCUCAAA